CUCGAAUAUUUCCAUUGUCACUGAGUUCGUACUCAAUUGAAGGCCGUGACUCGGUGCGCGUCCAUCAAAACCUCCUCCUCCUCUCUCUCUCUCUCUCUCUCUCUCCCCUCCGUCGCGCUCUUCGCCGCUGCACGGUGACGCUCGCGAAAUUCGUGUGCAGAGGGGCGAAAGUGCAUUCUUGGUUCCAUCGGAGGGAUUGUUGCUUCUGCAUUUUCCUGAGAGAUUUUUCAAGGGUAAAAGGCAACAAAAAAACCCUCAUACGCAUGGAAUCGUUUGAAGCCUGAAGAUCUGUAUAUCGCAAGACUGAGAGAUCAAAGAUGUUAUUGCAGGGUGGAGAUGACUCUGGUUUGGAGAGUGACAAUAUUGAUUGGACCACAGAAGAUGAGCUUGAGAUUGAGAACUUUCAGAGUUCAUCUUCAUGUUUAAGCAUUCCUAAUGGAGAGACUAUUACUGGGUCUAGUGAGGCAAGCACGUCAGCAGGUUCAUCUAAUUCAAAGGUAUUUGACCACUUUAUUGGUAUGGGAUUUCCUAGAGAAAUGAUUUUCAAAGUGAUUCAGGAACAUGGUGAGGAAAAUGAAGAUAAGCUACUGGAAGAACUUCUUACAUACUCGGCUCUAGAAAGCUCUCCUCAGCCACAGGAGCAGCCACAACUGGAACCAGAUCCCUUCUCUUCAGAGUAUGGAGGGAGCUCUUGGGAUAUCUCAGAUGCUGAUACUUUUUCUGAUGAUGAGGAAAUUACAAAAUCUGUUUCUGGAAAUAAUGAUACCCUGGUGUCCUUGGUAAAAAUGGGCUUCAAGGAAGAGGAAGCUUUAAUUGCCAUAGAAAGAUUAGGUCCAAACUCCUCGCUUGAAGAACUGGUUGAUUUUAUAGGUGUUGCUCAAAUAGCGAAGGCAGAAGAUGCCCUUCUACCUCCUGAGGAUAAGCCGCGAUAUAAUGAACUUUCUAAACCCAAAAAGCAAAGAUUUAAUGACUGUGAAGUCCGGGGAAGGAAGAAGCCAAAGACUGAGAACAGAAUCCUGAAUGAAGAUGAUGAUGAUGUGCCAUUACAUCUUCCAAACCCAAUGAUUGGGUUUGGGAUUCCCAAUGAGUCUUUCUUGACUACACACAGAAAACUUCCAGGGGAUGCUCUGGGGCCUCCUUACUUCUAUUAUGAGAAUGUGGCAUUUGCUCCAAAAGGUGUUUGGCAAACUAUUUCAAGAUUCUUGUUUGAUGUAGAGCCCGAAUUUGUAGAUUCCAAAUAUUUCUGUGCUGCUGCCAGGAAAAGGGGCUAUAUUCACAAUUUGCCAAUUGAAAAUAGAUUCCCCGUUCUACCACAGCCACCCCGAACGAUACAUGAUGCUUUUCCCCUAACAAGGAAGUGGUGGCCCUCGUGGGAUCCAAGGACCAAACUUAAUUGCUUGCAAACCUGUAUUGCCAGUGCAAAACUGACAGAAAGAAUUCGGAAGGCUGUAGAGAAUUAUGAUGGAGAGCCACCUGAAAGCGUCCAAAAGUAUGUGCUCUAUCAGAGUCGGAAGUGGAAUCUGGUUUGGGUGGGAAGGAAUAAGGUUGCCCCACUAGAACCAGAUGAAAUAGAAACGCUUUUGGGCUUCCCAAGGAACCACACAAGAGGAGGUGGAAUCAGUAGGACUGACAGAUACAAGUCCCUUGGCAAUUCAUUCCAGGUGGACACAGUUGCUUACCACCUGUCGGUUCUGAAGGAGAUGUACCCUAAGGGUAUGAAUGUUCUUUCUCUCUUUUCGGGAAUUGGCGGUGCUGAAGUGGCUCUUCAUCGCCUUGGUAUCCCUCUAAAGAAUGUUGUUUCAGUUGAAAAAUCAGAAGUGAAUAGGAACAUUGUCAGGAGUUGGUGGGAGCAAACAAAUCAGAAAGGGAAUUUGAUUGAUCUGGAUGAUGUACAGCUGCUGGAUGCUGAUCGUUUGGAGCAGCUGAUGAGCGCGACCGGGGGCUUUGAUCUGGUUAUUGGUGGCAGUCCAUGUAAUAACCUGGCUGGUAGUAACAGGGUCAGCCGGGAUGGACUGGAGGGCAAAGAAUCUUCCCUCUUUUUUGAUUACUGCCGCAUUCUUGACUUGGUAAAAUGUAUGUCGGCGAGAUAUCAAUGAAAAUUGUCCUAAGAAACCUCUUUUUCUGGUUUUGUGUUUAAUCCAAACAUUUAGGAUCUUCUUAUAUAACUUCAGAUAUUAGACUGAUGCUUAUCACCCCAUUUUUGUUGCCAGGAAGAGGCAACGAUUUCGAAUAAGUUUUUUAUCUUAACAUUUCUGAUUUCAGUUUA